UCAAAUCAAAUUCAGACAAAAAAAAAAAAAAAGGAACUGACAAGGCAAUGAUUGCCCCUCACGGAAAUUUAAACGAACAAAAUAGCUACAAAUUUCAGGUCGCUGAUCGAAACCCAUUGCGCUCCAGAAUUUCCCCGAUUAACUUUUUUCUCGAUUCCUAUGUUUUCUCGGCCACCAAACAGAAUUUGAGUUAGGGUUUUGUGGCUUUUUUCUUGCGCUUGGGCAACUUUGUAUUUUCUUAUCCUUUUUGCUUUUAUAGUCUUUUUCUUGGAUUAUUAUCAUCAUUAUUAUUAUUAUUAUUAUUAUUUUUUAAUUUUUUUGUGGUGCAAAGAAUCAUGAGCUUGUGAUUCUUCGAACCCAAUUUUGAGCAAUUGAGGGCUGGCGAUUCAAUAACAAUGCGAUUGUUUCCGUCGAGCUCUAGCUCGAGCUCGAACUCGGAGAAGGAAAUGAGUAAUGGUAAAGCAAAUCGCACCCUUGUGUACCUCAAUGUCUACGAUCUCACGCCUGUAAAUAACUACAUGUACUUGUUCGGCCUCGGGAUCUACCAUUCAGGCAUCGAAGCGCAUGGUAUGGAGUAUGGCUUUGGAGCACACGAGUACCCUACCAGUGGGGUGUUUGAGGUGGAACCAAGAAGUUGCCCUGGAUUUAUCUUUAGACGAUCUGUGUUGCUGGGAAGCACUGAUUUGUCUCGUGCAGAAUUUCGAUCAUUUAUGGAGCACCUAUCUGGAAAAUACCAUGGGGACACUUACCAUUUGAUUGCGAAAAAUUGUAACCAUUUUACUGAUGAAGUUUGUAUUCAGCUUACUGGAAAGCCUAUUCCUGGAUGGGUGAAUCGCCUUGCCCGUGUUGUUUCAGGUUCUUUCUGUAAUUGUCUUCUGCCUGAAAGCAUUCAGAUAUCUGCAGUGAGACAUCUUCCUGAUCACCCAGCAUAUUCAGAUGAUGAUGGAUCAGAAUCUCUUGCAUCAUCUGGAUCAGCAGAAAGUGAAGAGCAUCCGGAUCAUCAUCUGCUUACCACGCCAAAUGCUGAUGUUGCAUUCCUAAAGGAAAAACCAGUCAGGCUAGCAAGGGAACUCCUUUAAUAUCUGUCUGCAAUUCUUAAUCACUUUUUUUUUUUUUUUUUUUGGGUGUUCUUGUUUGUUCAUUGUUAUCCAAGUGUUUCGGGAAACAUUUCGUAGAGUAUUUAUUAAAAAAAAGAAAAAAGAAAAAAAAGAAGUUCCGGGGAACAUGUCUCAAGUGAUAUGUUUGGGUGUUUGAAUUAUAAUCUCAACCCAAGAUUUGUCUGUUGCCUUGUUCAGAAAAUGUGCGAUUUUUUUUUUUAAUUUUUUUUGAUAAAAUGCAUGAUUGAUUCCGCAUGGUGAUAAAGAAGUUUCAAGUUUAUUAAGUUUAUGGUUUCUUCAGAGAA